GCCGCGGUUGCGGCCGGAGUGAUGUGCGGACUCUGCCGCCCGGCCUGCGCCGCCUCCGCCGCCUCCGCCGCCCCCGCCACCGCCCCCGCCGCCCCCGCCACCCUCCAGCCGCUGACCAUCGCGGCCGUCCUGCCCCAGAACAACACGGCCUACCCCUGGACCUGGCGCCGGGUGGGUCCGGCGGUCCGCCUGGCCCGAGACGCCGUCAACCGCGACCCGUCCCUGCUGCCCGCCCACCGCCUCCGCUACGUGUUCGGCAACUGCGAGGACAACCAGGGGAUCUGCUCGGAGUCGAUCGCGCCGCUGGCCGCCAUGGAGCUCAAGUUCUCCAGCGACCCGGACGUGUUCGUGGGGCCCGGCUGCAUCUACGCCGCCGCGCCCGUCGCCCGCUUCGCCGGCCACUGGCAGGUCCCCAUGGUGACGGCCGGAGCCGCGGCCUACGGCUUCAACCAGCGGUGGCCCGAGUACCCGCUGCUGACCCGGAGCGGCCCGUCACACGGCAAGCUGGGCCGCUACGUGGCGCAUCUCCACCGCCGCUUCCGCUGGGACGGGCGCGUGCUGUUCGUCUACAACGACGAGAAGACCGACGACCGGCCCUGCUUCUUCGCCGUGGAGGGCCUCUACCACGAGGUGCAGGCUCUGAGGAACCUGACUGUGGUGGACAUCCCCUUCCGGGAGAGCGGGCCUCUCGACUACACCGGCCUAGUGCAGGAGAUCGUCCAGAAAGGGCGCAUCGUCUACGUCUGCUGCUCGCCCGGAACCUUCCGGAACCUCAUGCUGAGCGCCCGGCGGGCGGGAAUGACCAGCGGCGAGUUCGCCUUCUUCCACAUCGACGUCUUCGGGGAAAGCCUGCGGGGAGGGCCGCCGUUCCCGUUGCCGUGGCGACGGGGGGACCAGUAUGACUCCGAGGCCAAGGAGGCCUACGCGGCAGUGUUGAUCAUCACCUACAGGGAGCCGGUGAAUCCGGAGUAUGGCCGCUUCGUGCAAGACCUGAAGCGCUGCGCUGCCGAGUUCUUCAAUUUCACCAUCGAGGACACGCUGGUGAGUCACCGAAUGAUGCAGCAGGCUCUUCGGCCCAUCUAGCCCAUUCUGGCCAAC